AUGGCACAAACUAUUGAAUCAACGGUUCAAGCUAAUACCUCGGAAAUAUUCAGAAAAAACAAGGGUAGAAAGAGUUCAAAAGUAAACAACAGCGAUAUAGGCCCUAUCCUAGAGACCUUGGGAGACGAUAUUACUAUAGCAUCAGAAAUAGAAAACGUGAAUAAAAAAAGAGAUGGCCUAGUGACUGGAGCAAAAAAGAUUCCAUUUAUGGAUAACCGCCGUGAUUUUUCAAUUAAUUUUCCUGACAGACAGUUUACUUCAAACGUUUAUGUUGAAAGUCGAAGUGGCUUUCGUUCUCAUCCACUUAAAGAUUAUGAGAAAAAUAUGCCUAUGAAACGAAAUGAAGAAUCUACAAUUAAAAAAGGACUAAAUGACAAACAAGAACUGAUGUAUACGCAUAACAAUCCAGGAUUACAUUUUGUUAUCAACAUACAUGAAACACUACAAAUUUUGACAUUUACGUUAUUUGGCUUAUUGGCUGGUGCAAGUUUAGUGCAUACACUAUUCGUACAAUCAUUAAUUAAUCCAAGACAAAUUAAAAAUGAUGGUUCUUGGAAUUACAAUUACGGAGAUGGUUAUUUACCAUUAUUAAAAUAUUAUGGAGUGUAUGCACGUCCAAUCUCUAUUACAUUUUAUAUAUCAUUAGUUUUGAUAGGUGUUUUUGUAUUCGGAAAAUUCGAUUUAGGAAGGCCAACAACAAAUUGUAUUCGGAAAUGUGUUAAACUUCAGAAUGGACUAAUGGCUAUCAUAUUUUAUAUGAUCGCUUUCGUAAUACACAAUUCGAUGGGUUGGUUUGAUUAUAUAUUUCAUAUGAAUAGUUACAAAUCUGAAGAUGAAAUAAGAUACCUAUUGAGUACACAAAUUGAUUUAAAUAAUUUUCUUAAAAUAUGGCAAAUACUUGAUGCUUGUCGUACUGCAUUCAUAUUAAUAACAUGGAUAUCAGUUGCACUAGGUGAUUCAAUUCAUGACAGGUUAACUACAACGUUGAAUAUUAAUCCUAUGAAAAUCGGAGAUGGUAGUGGAAACAAUAUCCAGCCGAAUUAAACCAUUAAAAAUAUACAAAUAACAUUUGUAAUCCCUCUUCUUCAUAGCUCCUAAAGAGAAUUCGUAAUUUGAAAAAUACACAAUGAUAAUUGAAUGUCUAUUUUUAGAACUUCAAGAUCCAACUGUUCUUUACAUAUCUCUUAUUCUUCAAAAACAAAUUAAAUUCUUAAACCCAGUCUAUGAUGCAGACAAAUCGACUGAUGCACAAUACGUUGCGUCAUGUAAUAACUGAAUCUAAUUAAUCGCUAUAUAUAUAGAAAAUUGUGGUCGCUGAUAAACAUUUCUAUAUCUACUUGGUGUCAUUGUAAAAGCUUUCUUUAUUCGGUUAAAAUGAUCGACUAUUUUUUUGCGGUAUUUCUAAAAACCUUAAAUAUUCCUAACCAACCAGUUGCUCCAGAAAAAUGUACCUCAAAGCCAAGUACGUAAACUUGAAUUCGGUGGGUUGAAUUAUUAGUUUCGGAAAUGCUAAAAACGUAGGAGUAUUGGGCGUUUCAUACAAUCAGUAUGCCAAAUGUAAUUUCAAUUGAGAAUUGAUCUUCUUUGGAAAGCCAUUGAAGAUCAAUCAUCAGUAGUGAACACUGGCA